CUUCAACUCGCCCAGGGCACCGAAAUGGCUAGAGCCGGCACUGGGCCAGAAUCUCCCUUUAAAAACCGGUGCCCUCUAUCUGGGACUCAUCUUUAACCUCCAGUAAAAACCUGUUCUGCUGGUUUUAUCUGUGCAUCGUAAAGAAGCACGUGUGUAACAGCAACUGACUGAUCGGCUCUGGAGGAUCCAGAGAGUCAGGCCCGAGACUCGUCCCGUCCCUCACGCGCCGCUCGAACCGCGGGCGCAGUGGUCCAACGAGGAGCAGAUUCUCUCAGCUGCCGCUCCGCAGAGAGGAGGAGGAGGAGGAGGAGGAGGACGUCUGUUCAGCCACUCAUCAGUCUGGAAAAGUAACUCUCUCAGCCCGGACCUCCCGCGCGCCCCUGCCAGCCAGCGCGGAAGCGCUAGACUCCUCUCCAUCCCACCCCGCGAGCUGCGCUCUGUCAGCGGCGGAGCUGCCGCACGCGCAUACCGGCGGGGAAGAUCAGAGGACAAAAAAAAAAAAAAAGGGCCUCAGUGUUUUCUGUUUCAUAAAGCUUGUCCUCUGCGGCUGCAGGGAAGCAGAGCGGUCCGUCGCCGGGAGGACGGUGGUUUUCAGCUCUGACAGCUCUUUUCUGGUGACCUAAAGUCCUGCUGGUCUUCAUCUCCAGUCAGAGUGGACAAUUGUCCCUUCCUCCCCCUCUGCAAACGGCACCAUGACCCAGGAGGGGCAGGCUCUGCCCUCUUCCACCCCACCUGAAAACCCACCGGAGCCCAGUACGACCAGCAGCACCGCUGACCCACCAGCAGACACACACGGCGAUGCCAAUGAGGACAGACCUGAGGCUCAGGAGCAGGAGGACGCAGAGGAGGAGAAACAAGAGAAACAGAUCAAAGGAGAAGAGGAGGGCACUCGGAGAGACGGAGAGGAGAAUGGAGUCAAGGAUGAGGGAGGAGAGGGCGAGUUACUAAAGGGAAGCACUGAGGAAGAGCACGAACAGACUAAAGGAGAAGAAGAGGAAGGAAAGGAUAACAAAGACAUGCAGCAAUCUGCUGAUGAGGAACCAACUAAUCCUCAACAACCUGCAUGGAUGACAAAUGGCAUUGAUGGGAAUGAUGAUGAAGACGAGGCCGAUGGAGAAGAAGAGGAAGGAAGAGAUGAAAAAGAGGGACACACUAAUUUGGACACUUUCAGUUCGAACUUUGAGACGACCGUCGAGCAGGCCGACACUGAGGUGGAGGAGGAGGAGGAGGAGGAAAAUGCCCAGAGAGAUGGAGAUGAAAGAGAAAACCAGGACAGCUUCAGCUCAGCGUUCGAGCAGAUCGUCGAGCAGGUUGAUGUUCAGGAAGAUGAGGAGGAGGAGGGGGAGGAGGAGGAGGAGGAGGAGAAGGAGAAAAGCAAGGUAGUGGACAAUAAGGACGGCUUCAGCUCCACGUUUGAGCGCAUCGUGGAGUCUGCGCUGCUGAGGGGCGGCACGUGUUACAGCAGCCUGGACUCUCUGGACGUGCUGUCGCUCACGGAUGAGACGGACAGCUGCGUCAGCUUCGAGGCGCCGCUGACACCACUCAUCCAACAGAGGGCGCUGUUUCAGGGGCCCGAACCGCUAGAACUGGAACUGGCAACAGUUCAGGAGCAAGAUGGGGCUGAGGCUGGUCCUGAUGCCUUAGAUGGUGAUGCUAUGACUGGGCAGAGCCCUGUCCGCGGAGCUGGAGCAGGAGCUGGGGCAGGAGGGAGUCCGUUAAGGACAACCAUAACAGGGAGCAGGUCGGAGUUUGUGUUGAGCCAACCUGGACACUGGGCUAUCCCGAAUGGAUACCAUUCAGAGUCCCAAGCUGUCAGGGAUGGCUCUGAAUCCAUGAUCAGCUCUGUCAGCGAUGCCAAUCUCACAGACGUGCUGUCUGACUCGGAGGAGUGUGAUCUGGGCAGUCUGGAGCGUCUGGAGCGUGGAAGCACAGACACUCUGGCCAAUGGCUGCCGAGCUGAUGGUGGGGCCGCCAAAAGGCUGGCCAACCGCCUCUAUCACCUUGAGGGCUUCAAGCGUUGCGAUGUGGCCAGACACCUGGGCAAGAACAAUGAGUUCAGUCAGUUGGUGGCUUCAGAAUACCUGAAUUUCUUUGAUUUCUCUGGACUGUCUCUGGAUCGAGCCCUGAGAUGGAGCCCAUACGUUAACCUGUGCCCUGAUGCUGCUCAACACUGAUCUCCAUGGUCAUGUGAACAUUGGGAAGAAGAUGUCUUGCCAGCAGUUCAUCAGUAAUCUCGACGGCCUCAAUAAUGGAAAAGACUUUCCUAAAGACUUAUUGAAGGUCUUGUAUAACUCAAUCAAGAAUGAAAAGCUAGAGUGGGCAGUUGAGGAGGAGGAGCUCAGGAAGAGUCUGUCAGAACUGGUGGAGGAGCAGUGUGAGGGCGGGAGCAAGCGUGUUGCCAGGGUAACGGACGGCAGUAACCCUUUCAUCGCCAUCCCCAUUCUGCUAAACGCCGUCACCUACAAACACGGAGUGUUGACCCGCAAGAGCCACGCCGACAUGGACGGCAAGCGCACCCCGAGGGGUCGCCGUGGCUGGAAGAAGUUUUAUGCAGUCUUGAAGGGGAUGAUCUUAUAUCUCCAGAAGGAUGAAUACAAGCCAGACUGCGACAUUUCAGAGGUGGAUCUGAAGAACGCAGUACGGAUUCAUCACGCUUUAGCCACAUGUGCCACUGAUUACAGCAAACGAGCCAACGUGUUGAAACUCAAAACCUCGGACUGGAGAGUCUUCCUGCUGCAGGCAUCGAGGAGCAGCUGCUGAGCCACGAGAGCAAGCUGAAGCAGAUGAGUCUGGAGCUGGAAGAACACAGAAAAAAACAGCCCUCAGCCGACCCAAAAAGCCGCGAGUGGGAGGAGUACCGGCUUAAAGAGCACUACCUUACAUACGAGAAGACUCGCUAUGAGACGUACAUCAGCCUCCUGCAGGCUAAGAUCCGCGCAGAGACCGACGACCUUGAGAAGAUCGAGGCCAGCGUGCUGGAUGGGUUGAUCUCGGAUGGCCGGGAGUGUCACCUUCGAAAGAGUCGGUCCUCCCCGUCCAUCAGCCAGGCCCACGCCGGCCUGAACGGCAGGGCUGCUGGAAGCACCGUCCAGGGACACAGGAGCUGAAAGAAGAGCAACAUGGAUGACCAGAUGCCACAGCAAAUGAAGCAACAUCUCAAGAGUAUUUAGUAAUUAGUAAUUAGCGUUGUGGGCUCCUCUAGUCCUCAGCAAGCUGCCACACCCCUUACCUUUACCUGAUAGACUCGAUCCUUGAGCAAUAGAUGAUGAAGACGAGGAGCGCAUCCAUGAUACCAAACCAGUGUCAUGCUAAACCUCACUUCUUUAACUUUUAUGGUUUUACAUUUUUAAUGUUCAUGACUGCGGUCACUGUUUAUAGCAACAGCGUCAGUAUUAUUUUAUAAUCACAGAGAAGGUCUGAAAUGAUCCAAUCUGUUGUUGAAUCUUUUUUUAAAGCUACAAGCAGAAAUGUGUUUAGGCCUGAAAGAAAACAGACACAGACUGGUUUUGUUGUUCUGGAGUCAGACAAACAGACCAGUCAUGGUACUACUGUAGCAUUUAGGGCCUUUUUCUUUUAAAACUCAUGCAUUCACACUCGGACACUCACAAGUGUGUG